UCAUCGAAUUUUCCCAACAACAGUCGCUGCAGCCACUACAUAUGUAGCAAUCAAAACACACCAGCAAAAAUUGCUGACUAUUAGUAUGUCUGCCUACUCUAUAUAUUCUUCUUUUAAGGCCUUCGAACGGCUGUAUUAAUUUUUCCAGGCAAAGGGAAGGUGGGGUUGGAAGAAAGAUUAAGAUUGGAAGUAUGAAUCUACCUAACAGAUUGCUAUAUCAAACUAUCCUUAAAUAUAAAAGAUUUAAUCUUGAAACCACCAAACUAGCUAAUGCAUAUUGUACAGUUGCUUAACUAGUGCUUCUCCUUCUUAGCACAGCUUCAAAACACAUACAUCACCUUCCUUGUAAACAGUUCGUAUUCAAGCAUGGAAUUGGAAUUCUAUCGCAGGAAUUCUCUGUUUCGCUUCGUAGAUAUCGACAGAAAUAAUUUAAUAGAAUCACCCACUGACCUCCCCAAUAUCAACACCAAUCACGAAGUGUGUGAUGAUGAAGAUCUCCAAUUCGGUCCUUCAUUGUCUUCAAGCCCCCACACAACCACAAUGCUGACACUAAUGCCACCCCCAAGCCCAGAGUCCCCAUGGACCCUCUCCCCUCACCAAACCCCAUCCCCUUCACUCCUUUACCACUGCAUUGCCUCCCUCUAUCGCCGCGAAGGCUCCAUCUCCUCCAUUGCAGUCUCAAAGCAGCAAGGAGUAGUCUUCACUGGCUCAGAGAGUACCCGAGUUCGUGUGUGGAGACAACCAGACCACAUUGAAUACGGUUGUCUCAAUGCGACUUCAGGUGAAGUACGAGCUAUUGCAACUCAUGGUAAUAUGCUUUUCACCUCACACAAAGACCACAAAAUCCGAAUGUGGAACUUCACGGUCACAGAUCACAAUUUCAAGUCCAAAAAGGUUUCUUCUCUCCCCAAAACAAGCUCUUUCCCUUUAUUUUCAAGAUUUACAAACACCAAACAGCAACACAAAGAAUGCAUUUCCUGCUUGGCAUAUUAUAAAACCGAUGGUCUGUUGACUCUGUUGUAUACUGGCUCCCAUGACAGAACAGUCAAAGCAUGGCGGCUUAUAACCAAUCACUGUGUGGACUCAUUUGUGGCAUAUGAAGACAAUGUGAAUGCAAUGGUGGUGAACCAAGAUGAUGGGUGCGUUUUCACUUGCUCCUCAGAUGGUUCUGUCAAACUCUGGAGAAGGGUUUUCAGAGGAAACUCUCACACUCUCACCAUGACUCUCAAAUCCCAAUUCCCAAAUUCCAACUACCCUGUAAAAGCCAGAGCCUUAAACACAUCAUCCAACUCUUGCUUCCUCUACUCUGGUUCUGCAGACGGAACCAUUAGUUUCUGGGAGAAGGAGAAACUGACCCACAGAUUUAACCAUGGUGGGUUUUUACAGGGCCACCAUUUUUCAGUUCUGUGUUUAGUGGCCAUCGAGAAGUUGAUUUUCAGUGGAUCAGAGGAUACUACAAUUAGGGUUUGGAGGAGGGAAGAAGGGGGUUGUUUUCAUGAAUGUUUGGCUGUGUUGGAGGGGCAUAUACAUAAGCAAUAGCCAAGAAAAUUAAAACCCACAACUGUUUUUACCAAAGAAAACAAAGGGUUUUCAACCAAAUCAAAACCCUGAGCCGAAAACGGUGAGGAAUGAAAACUUACCAAGUGAGUUCCGAUUUUCUUGAUGCUUAAGCUAUAGCUUGAAGCAGUAGUGAAAACUCUUGCUGUGUGGUAAGGAGAGGGUGAGUUUGGAGGUGGGACUUUGUUGUUGGUGACUGAAAUAGACCGGCCUGUGGAGACAAAACCCGACCUGGAAUUGAAAUCUCCGAUGAAUAAGUGGUUGAAGAAGGUGGCAUUGGAGGAAGAGCAGCAGUUGAGGAGGUAGUCGUCUGAGAGAGUCAAGGAGGCGGUUUAGGAAGCUAGAGGAAGAAGAGAGAGCAAAAAAAUGGGUCUGGCGGGGGCAGAAGGGAGGAAAAAAUGGGUCAAUGGCGGAGGCGUAAAAAAAAUUCAAAUGAGGACUGAAUCAUCUUUUUCCCCUCGAAUGAACAGUAACGCAGAAUGAAUAGUUAACUCAUCUUUUAUAUAUGUAUAAUUUCAUAGAAUAUUCGUAUAAUUUACAUGUUAAAUUAUUGUGUUUGCAAAAGUCAGAAAGCCAGGUUGCUGGAUGGAUCAAGCAAUCAAACUCACCAGUCACCACUUUGUCUUGUAGUUCAUCAUGAUUCCACCACUCUCUUCCUACAAUUAUUUACUGCAUGUAAUGAUUUAUAUAGAAUUCGGCCUGAUCUUUACUUUCCUAAACAGGGCCCAAUUACUGGCCCAGUACCAGUCCUCCUGGAUGCUCUCUAUCAGUUUCUAUAUAUGUAUAAAUAUCAAUUUUAGUUGGUCGCCUAGGAGUAGCGCUGAUUCCACAAAAUCGGACCCUUAAGAAUCCCUAGCAGGCCUGGAAUUUUUGCCUUACCAAACAAGAAAAGUUAACAUUAAAUUAAUGUUAAUCUUUUAACACAGAAUGUACGUUUCUACCAAGACCUAAUUUGUACAUUGAUAUUUCUCUCCAUUACAGUGAAUGAGGUUUCAAAGUUGAAAUCUUUUGACCCUAAACAAGCUACAGUUCCCCGUGUGCCACCACCAAAGCUGCUAAUAGCCCUUUAUGCAUAGUCAUCGUUUUACCAUCAGCGUAUGGUAUGUUUCCUUCUCAUCUUGUGGUGCGUUUAUUGACUUAUUCUCCCCAAAGGAGGGAGAAGG